UUUAUAUUUUUCAGAAACCAACAUUUGUCAUUGUCGUGUCGUGAAUAGGAGAAGUAGACUAUAACGACUUGGAUCACAAUUUGGCGAUUAAUACAGCAUUGCGAUAUUGAUAGUAAAAGUCGCAUAGAAAGGUUGGAUAAAAAAAACUACGUCCCGUAUUUUAUUGAACUUUAGGUAGAAAAUCCCUAAACAAAUAUUCAUGAUGAAUUUUACUAUAAUGCAAAUCUUAAGACAAACGUUUGGUGGGUUAUAUUUGUUCGUAGCUAGUAUUGCUAGUAUUAAAGCUGGUAUUGCUUUUAUCUUAUUUAUAUCAGAUAUUCACAACAUUGAAUCUGAAGAUGAUAUAAAAUACGCCGCGCAAUCUCCAAGAGAUAUAGAUAUUAUGGAACAGAAUAUUCGUAUAAUUCAAAUAGGAAUAUUCCUUGUGUGCUUAAUGGUUUUUUCUUGUGUGAUUGGGAUUUUUAAUAUUUGGGGCCCUGACGACGACCAAGAUGACAAUGAUCAACAAAACCAUAAUCAAAAUAACAUACAUAGAAAUAUGAAUGGCAAUCCAUUUCGAUUUCAUGAGGACUAACUUUAAUUUGAAAAGAUACCAUUGAUGUUUCAUACAUUGCCGCGAAGAUAUACUUGUUUAUGAUAAAUCUUGAUAAGGUUUCUUAAAGAAGCAUAUCCGUUUGAAACCUCGAAAAAUGAAUACAUUUUCUAGAUUUUUUUGCAGCGCAAUGACUUGAUAAAAAUUUUUCAUUUUUUUACGAUAUUAAUACAAUAUUAUUAACUACUUAAAUAAAAAUGUUCGAAUUAAAAAAAAAAAAAAUUUUUUUAAGUUACAUUUGUAGGUAUAUUUGCAGAGCUAUUCCAAAUUUUAAAUGGCUGCACGGUGUAUAUGAAAACGUACGUAAAUCUGAAAUAAAAAAUACAACUUUUUUUUUUAUUAGACAUAUUAAUAGCUCUCUGCUAUCCAAGCGUAUUUUUUCAAUUUUAAAAAAUAAAAAAAUGGCUGCGUGUUAAAAAAAGUUUUGUUUUUUUUGAAAAAAGUCCAUCUUUCUUUGUUCAUAACAAAAAAAAUAGAAAAUCGGAUUAAAAAAAGGCUUUGUUAGCAGAUGCGGAAUCCUAUUAGCAAUUUGUAUGCAAAAUUUGAAGUUGAUUCGUCGAACAUAGCCCGAGUUUUCAUGCAUACUGUGCAAAUAUCCGCAUAGAUUUAAAAAAAAAAAUUUUAACCGGAAAUUUUUAUUUAAUACCUAAUA